AAUUUUAUAUUUACUAUUUACAAACGCGGACACUUGAAAAGUUGGUGCCUAUAAUGUUUAAAUUUUCCGUUCAAAAUGACAAAAAGACUCGAAACUAAUACUCACUGUUUUAGAUCUGAUAUUUAUAUAUAUAAUUUCAUGAUAGAAUGCCUGUAUUCACUGCUAACAUACCUAGCACUCUUAAAGUUGGAGAUAGAAUUGAAAUUGGCGGAAAAAUCAAGGAGAAUGCUAGAAAAAUGUCGGUGAACCUGUGUGCCCAAGAAGGCGAGGAGCCCCGUGACGUGGUCCUCCAUUUCGACGUGCGUUUCCAUCGUGACAACAUCAUCUCAUUGUCCAGGAAGAACGGAAUUUGGAUCGGCAGCGGCAACUAUGACACCAACUAUAACAUGUUUGUGCCUGGUACAAUUUUCAGAAUUAUCUUUGAAGUGAAGGAUACAGAUGUCAUAACCAUCUACUGUCAGGGCAAGUUCCACUCCAACUUCUUGCCCAAGAUACCUUUGGUGAUGGCCAAGUAUAUUGUGGCAUGGGCCGACGUCGAGAGGAUCACGCAUUGUUUCUUUCAUAUUGGCAAUAAGGGUUUGAGCGGUGAUGAAAUGACAUCACCAAAUACUUACCAGCCACCGUCACCUCGGACAGCAAUGGUCAUUGGUGACGCUAAACGUUGUUCCAGACCUUCAAAAAAAUCUACACCCGGAUCACCUCAGCUACACUCCUCAAACGAGAGCUCUGACGAUGAGAAACAAAGACCCAAAGCUGAAGGUCGCGCCGACAGAUAUUUCUACGAAACACUAAUGUGCCAGGAACGUCCGAAAUAUUCACCGGAAUCUAUUAAAUACAGACGCGACCAUAGUGCAGCUAGAAGCAACACAGAGUACAGAAAGUACAGAGACAUGACAGACACAGAGAAGAAUGACAGCGAGGAUUAUUCGGAGGAGCUCGCCUCUAAAAAUGUAGAUUCGUCUGUGGGCGAAUCGGAUGACGUGCUGCGGGAUUUGGGCGCGAAAAAGCGUGGAAGGCGCGGCAAAUUUCCAUUCGCCCAAGUCGUAAAUUUUAUGGGGAAAACGGGCAAAAGAAAUUAGCAUUGUGCCAUAAUGGAGAGUUGUAUUUCAAUUGGUGAUUUCUGUUUUUUUUAUAAAUAUUGUUUUCGUUUUGAUUUGU